AUGGAAACGCUCUCGCGCUGGCUCGGCCUGGGCGGCGGUAGCGGUGCAGGUGCCGAUUUUAUCGGCACUGUCAUGGGCAUUGGCAAUACCAAACUCACCAUCCAACGCGUCAUUGCCGAAGGUGGAUUUGGCAUCGUGUAUGUCGCCACGGACGAUGCACGCACCAAAUAUGCGGUCAAACGCCUCCUGACGCACGAUCGCGCUCAGGCCAAAGCCGUCAAGGCCGAGAUUCAGGCCCUGCAACGCGUCAAGGAUCAGGGCGGUCACGAAAACAUCAUUCGCCUCCUCACAGCCGCCAAGGGCGAGGGCGAUCCUCGCCGACAAAUCCAGGAAUACAUGAUCAUCACCCCCUUUUACAAGGAGGGCACCCUCUUCGCCUACGCCACCGAGCGUGACCGCCGCCUCGGCCUCAAACGCAUCUCCGUGCUCUUCAAGCAAUGUGCCAGCGCCGUUGCCUUUCUCCACGGCCUCGAACCCCUCAUCAUCCAUCGCGAUAUCAAGGUGCUUAUGCCCCCUGCCUCGGCAGAAAACUACUUUCUCACCGACGACGGUGAUGUCAAGCUCGGAGAUUUUGGCAGUUGUACCUCCGAGCGCCUCAACCCAGCCAACAUGAGCCAUCGUGAAAAAGUUGCCGCCGAAGAAGCCAUCCUUCAGGUCACGACACCACAAAAUCGCACUCCGGAGAUGUUGGACAUGCAUUCUGAGAAACCCGUGGACGAGCGCGUUGAUAUCUGGGCUCUGGGCUGCCUUCUUUACACACUCUGCUACCGGAAACAUCCCUUCGAAGAGGGCAACGUGCUAGCCAUUUGCAACCUCAAAUAUGAUCUACCUACCACCGAUGAAAAGUUGGAGCCGUUCCGCCAAGUGAUUCGUAAGUCCCCCCUCACCCACUCACUCUCUCCCUCUCAGCACCCCCUCCCUCCCUCUCUCUCUCUCUCUCUCCUUUUCGGACAUUGUCCAGCACAUUUCCUGUUUUUCUCCCAUUUGCUUUUCGCUCAUGACAUGUUUGCGCCCGUCAACGACCACCGACUGCCACAAACUGACAGAACAACUUUUAAAGGCCGACCCGCGCGAUCGUCCCUCUGCAUCCGAAGCUGUCCUGCUUGUGUAACCGAAUCAUUCUAG